AUGACCGACCUCAAGUCCAAGGUCGAGGCCCUCACGCCCGAGGCCAUCCUCGCAGCCUACCAGCUCGUCCAGCCCUUCGUGUACAGCACCCCGCUCCUCACCAACACGACCCUAAACAAACUCGCUUCAACCCCGCAGACCCCCGAGUCGCUCAUCGGCACCCCCUACGAAGGCCAGCCCCCGGCCAAUCCCACCUUCCGCUUCUUCUUCAAAUGCGAGAACUUCCAGCGCAUCGGCGCCUUCAAGGCCCGCGGCGCGUUCCACGCCUUGCUGCGACUGAUCCUCGAGCGCGGCGAAUCCGAGGUGAAAAAGCGCGGCGUCAUCACCCAUAGUUCCGGUCCGAGCUGCCCCCGGGGAAACCACGCGCAAGCGCUCGCCCUCGCCGCCGCCACCCUCAACAUCCCCGCGUACAUCGUCAUGCCGAGCAUCAGCACGCCGUCGAAGAUCGCGGGUACGCGCUCGCACGGUGCACAGGUCAUCUUCAGCGGGUCGACGAGCACGGAGCGCGAGGCCGUCGUCGCGGAGAUCCAGGCCAAGACGGACGCGAUCCUGGUCCCGCCCUACGACGAUUUCAACGUCAUCUGCGGCCAGGGCACGACGGCGCUGGACAUGGAGAAGCAAUACCGCGCGCUGGGUGAAGGAGUCGCCGCAUUUGAGCGGGCACAGUGCCGAUGUCUGUCGCGCUGCGCCCGCGCUGGACGCCGUGAUCACCCCCCUCGGCGGCGGCGGGCUCAACGCCGGCGUGGCGACCUACUUCUCCGAUAA